AUGGGGUGCUGCUCGGCACGAUGCAUGUUGAUCCUGCUGUGUUGUCUGCAGUUGAUAACUGCUCUGGAGAGGCAGGUGUUUGACUUCCUCGGCUACCAGUGGGCUCCCAUCAUGAUCAACUUCUUUCACAUCAUCACGGUCAUCCUGGGCCUGUUUGGUGUCAUCCAGUACAGAUCACGCUACAUCAUUAUGUACCUGCUGUGGAUGUUGUUGUGGGUUGGCUGGAAUGUCUUUGUGAGCUGUCUCUACUUGGAUUUGGGGGGGCUUUCAAAGGACAGUGAUAUUCUCUCUCUUGGAGUGUCGUCACAUCGCUCCUGGUGGAAAGACAACGGGCCAGGGUGUGAGAGCGAGGGUCUUCCCUCUGCUGGGUGGCACAACCAGCAAAACCCUGAGCUGACCACAGUGCUGAGCUGCUGGCUGGAAUACCAGUACAUAGAAGUCCUGCACUGCAUCGCCCAGCUCCUCGUAUCACUCCUUGGAUUUGUCUAUGCCUGCUAUGUCGUCAGCACUUUUUCAGAUGAGGAAGACAGCUUUAAUUUCAUUGGUGAAUUUCAUCAUCCAUCCAAACCCUCUGUGUUCUUCUAG